AUGAAGCUACCACUUGCAUACAUCUCGUCUCGAAGUGCACCAAAUGGCGGGUUGGAUAGAAUGGACACCGUCAGGAUUGUGUCAUGGACCGCUCUUAUCAUCACUGUCAUCGUCUUUGGCGCACGCCAGAUCAUGAAAAUCAUCGUUUUUCGCACAAUCACGAUUGAUGACCUUUUCAUAUUCCUAGCAUUCUCAUUCGGUAUCGGCCUCUCAGCAACAGCUGUCGUUCUAUCAUUCGAGGGCCUCGGCACCGCCGGCCCUUUGAUGCUCGAUCAGAUCGACCUGCUCAUCAAAGGCUAUUACGCGUCCGAGAUCUUGUAUGUCGCAGCUAUUGGCCUUGCAAAAUUGUCAAUUUUGGUUUUGUUCUACAAUGUUGUUGCAAUGCAGCGUACCAUUCGCCGAAUCGUCAUGGCCUUUGGUAUCCUGGUGUCAGCUUGGACAAUAGCAUCGGUUAUGGCGACCGCAUUUCAGUGUGAGCUCCCUCGACCAUGGGACAUCACAAGUCUGAAAUGCUCUAACAUGGUAAGUAGCACUGGCUGUUUGGUCUAA